GCCCUCCUCCCUCUUUCCUCCUCCUCCUCCUCGUCCUCCUCCUCCUCCCGAUCUAGAAACUUCCCGCUGUGCCGCGUCCUAUAACGCAAUAAACAGGCACACGCGCAAUCGAGCCGGGCCUCUGCCCGCCGGAUAGCUGCAGGAGCGCGGUGGUUUUACGCACGCUGCUGAUGGGAACCUCUGCGAAUCGUUGUCCUCCGCUUACCGGGACAUAGUAAUAAUAGCAACGACAGAGGACCACAAGCGGGACUGGGAAACAGGAUGAAGUUGGUGGUCCGCCUCCUCCUGCUUCUCCUGGCGGUGUGUCCUGUGUGCCAUGGUGCGGUUUCCUCUGCCAGAAAGUUUGUCUCCUUGGCGGAGAUGGAGGACGCUCUGCUUAGGAACCUUUUCCAGGGAUAUGAGCGGUCGGUCAGGCCCAUCCAGCGGGCCAACGAUACCAUCAAAGUUCGCUUUGGACUCAAGAUCUCUCAGCUGGUUGAUGUGGAUGAGAAAAACCAGCUUAUGACAACAAACGUUUGGUUGACUCAGGAGUGGAUUGAUUACAAGCUGCGAUGGAGUCCAGAUAAAUAUGGUGGAAUCACCUCCAUCCGAGUUCCCUCAGAAAAUAUCUGGCUCCCAGACAUUGUCCUAUAUGAGAACGCUGAUGGACGCUUUGAGGGCUCUCUGAUGACCAAAGCUAUCGUAAAGCACAAUGGUGCCAUCACCUGGACGCCACCCGCCAGCUACAAGUCUGCCUGCACCAUGGACGUCACUUUUUUCCCCUUUGACCGGCAGAACUGCUCCAUGAAGUUCGGGUCUUGGACCUAUGAUGGCAACAUGGUGGACCUGGUCCUGAUGGACAACCAUGUUGAUCGGAAAGACUUCUUCGACAAUGGGGAGUGGGAGAUUCUCAGUGCUACUGGAGCCAAAGGAAACAGGAAGGAUGGCUUGUAUUCCUACCCAUUCAUCACCUACUCCUUCAUCCUGAAGAGAUUGCCGUUGUUCUACACACUCUUUCUCAUCAUUCCCUGUUUGGGUUUGUCCUUUCUUACUGUCCUUGUGUUUUACCUUCCCUCGGAUGAAGGAGAGAAGCUGUCGCUCUCCACCUGUCUAGUGUCCCUCACUGUGUUCCUUUUAGUCAUAGAGGAGAUCAUCCCCUCCUCGUCCAAGGUAAUCCCUCUCAUCGGAGAAUAUUUGCUCUUCAUCAUGAUCUUCGUCACCCUUUCGAUUAUCGUCACUGUCUUCGUCAUCAAUGUACACCACCGCUCCUCAGCCACCUAUCACCCAAUGUCGCCAUGGGUUCGCAGUCUUUUCCUGCAGAAACUGCCCAAACUGCUUUGCAUGCGAGGACACACAGACCGGUACCACUACCCGGAACUGGCUCCAGAAAGUCCUGAACUGAAGCCUCGCUCUGGAAGUCGGAGGGGAGGUUGGAAGACGAGCAGCGGAGCAUGUGGACAGGCAGCUUCUGAUGGGAAGGAAGAAGAAGCCUGGGCCACCAUGUUGGAGAAAGCCGUCUACUCGGUGCGGUACAUCAGCAGACACAUCCGUAAAGAGCACUUCAUUCGCGAGGUGGUUCAAGAUUGGAAGUUUGUUGCCCAGGUGUUAGACCGAAUCUUCCUCUGGGCUUUUCUAACUGUCUCAAUUCUGGGCACCAUCCUCAUCUUCACUCCAGCAUUGCAGAUGUUCCUGAAAAUUCCUCCUCCAACUCCAACCGAGGAGCCGCCUCUACACCAGUAAACAUCACCAUUUCUUUCUCCAGCAGCUUUACUCCAGAAUUUAUAAAAAGUUACAGCUGAGGAGGAAGAAAAACCCAUCAAAGACUAUUAAGUCCUCUGACCACAUUUGUAUAUUGUUAUAUGUAUGCUUCAAGUGCACAAAACAACAUUUUACAAAGGUUGAGGGAGAUUUUUUUUCUUUUGAGUGCAGUUUAGUGCAUUUAUUUCUUCACAAAUUGUAGGUGACAUAUGCUCACACUUUACGAUUCAAUGAUAUUUAAUAAACUGGAAUCCAGAGAGCAAAACAGAAAAAAAGAUAUGCAUAUAGAGUAAAAGCUGGAUUUAUGCAUUUAAAUCACUUGCUCAAAUCAUUUCUGUUUGGAUGUUUGUUUUUCUACGUUUACAACCUGCAUAACAUCUCUUUAUCAAGUUGAAACCAGCCAAUUAAGAUUCCCAGAUAAUCUAAUUCUUAAAGUAUCAAAACUCUUGUUUUAACUGUUAUUUAUGUUCUCUAAAAGUAAGCUAAUUUAGAAUAUAAGUAAGGUUCCCGCAGAGUUCUGUUUUGACUUGCUGCAUAAUACAUUUCACUACAAGUUUUAAAUAAGCUGAGUCUUUAGCUGCUGUACUUCAUGACAUUUUUGGCCCUUUUUCUAUUUGAUAGAUUUGUAUCUAAUUUGUUUUCAAUAAAUCGUCAAAGCCUAUAAACAUAGGUGCUGCAACAAAGAAAUCAGAGAUGAUAAUUGGCAACUCCUGAAGAAAAUAAAUUUUUGUUGCUGAUAUCGCCACCCAGUGGUAAAUCCGAACACAACAUACAAAUGUUUCCUAAGACAAAUUAAACAGGUAAACCAAAAUUUAAACACAAGAGCAAUGUAAAAA